AUGGCACAAGCAGGGGAUCAACAUCUUGGUUUCCACGACCCCACUAUAGCUGCACAUGAGGGGCAGCAGCUUGAUGGGACAAAAUUGAGUGUAAAUGAUCUUUAUGCCGAUGAGUCUGGGACAGCGAAUGGUGAUGAGGAAGUUGAUAUUGAGAGGAUUGAGAAGGUUUACAGGAAAAUCGACCGACGCAUUAUUCCAGCUUUCUGGGUCUUGUAUUUCCUCUGUUCCGCCAUUCGAUCCAAUGUUGGUCUCGCUCAAACUAUGAAUGCAUCAUCUGGCCAUGAUCUCUCCCAAGUUUUAAACUUGACGGCUAAGCAAACGUCCACGGCUUUAGCCUUAUUCUAUGUUGCCUAUGUCGUUUUCGAUUUACCUUCGAACUUGGUUAUGAUGAAAUUGAGUCCCCGAGUUUGGAUGAGCCGAAUCGUGCUCGCGGUAGGCAUUAUCGGAGCUUGUUUUGCGGCAGUGCGGGCGGCUUGGAGUUUGAUGCUCCUUCGUUUUCUUCUCGGUGUAGUGACUGCGGGAAUGUGGCCAGGGAUGGCGUAUUAUCUUACUUUGUUCUAUCCACCCUCACGAACUGGCAAACGUAUUGGCAUGUACUUUACAGCAUCUCAACUUUCUGCGGCUGUUGUAGGUCUUGUCUCGGCUGGAUUCCAGAAGAUGGAUGGGACGCGAGGGCUCGCUGGAUUUCAAUGGAUGUUCUUGUUGUAUGGACUUUGUGCUAUCGUUCUUGGUAUUGGACUUCUUUGGUGGUUACCAGAUCGCCCACUUCCUCCCGGAGCAGAGCGAGUUCCUUCGGGGCUUGCGAAAUGGCUUCCUGCUACUUCGCCAGUUUUGACUGGCGAAAAUGCCGAGAUUCAUUAUCAGGAUUUGAGAAGAGUUUAUCAUCCAAGACCAUGGAGCUGGAAAGAUCUUGCUUAUGUUUUGAUUGACUGGCGUCUUUGGCCUCUUACUUUGAUGUAUUUCGGCGUUGUUGGUGUUGGUAUCGGGACACAACUCUACGCUACUGUCAUCAUCUCAGGUAUCGACUCCUCUUUCUCGGGUGUGACUCUCAGCUUACUCACCGCACCUAUCUGGAUCAUGGAUCUGAUUGCCAUUCUCAUGGUAACUCCAAUCUCUGAUCGUUUCCACAAGUAUCGAGCCUUUUUCUUUUCCGCUGCAGUUCUCAUCCAGAUCGCCGGUCUCCUCCUCACCACCUUUGCCCCUGUCUCUCAACCUUGGGCACGCUAUGGUGGUCUCCUCAUGGUUGGAUAUGGCCUUGGCCCAACCGUCCCCAUUUGCAUGACAUGGACCAAUGAAAUUUUCCAACACCGUCACGGAGAGGUGGGUGUUGCUGCUGCUUCCGCUCUUGUAUCCGGUCUUGGUAAUCUCGGCAGCAUAACAACUACAUAUGCACUGUAUACCGGAUGGCCUGAAGAUGCCAAAGCAGGACCUCAUCGUUACCGCAAAAGCAAUCUCGUCAUGAUUGGUAUUCUCUGUUUGAGUAUCCUAAGCAGUAUAGUCAUGACCGUUCUUCUAAAAAUCUUUGGCAAUCCGCGCAGUACGAAGAUUCAAAGCAGUGGGAGCUCCUCAACCAGCGAGGAAUUCCAGGAUGGUGCUGCGAAGCGAGAGCAGCAACAACGCGGAUUUCGAAAGAUGUGGGGAAGAAAGUGA